AAUUGAAAAAAGAUGUUUGCCAAGCUGCGCAAGAUUUAUUCCAGUGGAAAGGCGGUUAGACUUUCCAGCGAACAAUGCUGCUCAAAGGACCUGAACAACGCGGAAAAGGAUUCCAAUGUCAAGAAAAUGCGAGCCGAAUAUCUCAUUGAGCGAAUGCAGCGGCUUCUGCUCUUCCUGACCGUCUUUCUCCUAUUCCCCGUGGUGAUCUUCACCGUCUUCAAGUUCCUGGUAAUGGAGCCGCUGUACGGGAUCAGGGAUAACAAUGUGACAAUUGGGUCUGGCAUGGCCACGGUGAUAGUGAUGCAUGUCCUGGUGACGGGCUAUAUCCUGCGCCUGAUCUUCAUCCAGGAGUUCUCGAGCAUGGAGAAGCUGGAGGUGUGGGCCGAGUGGGAGUUGCAGGUGCCACCGCCCAUCCAGGUUCAUGGGCCAGUGUUCAUUGUCCUGCUGCUGAUGUCCUACUGCUUUCUGAUCAUUGGCUUUCCCAUAGCCACCUUCUUUGCCCUGAAAUUUGUGGUGCUCAAAAGUUUUGCCCACAUCGAUGCCGAUAUUAUUUCGGCCAUUUGCACCGUGGUUGCCGUUCAUGCUGCAGUUGGCUUCUUCAUUUACCGAGCUAUCUAUGCAAAGAGUGCCACCGUCAAGAGCACCAAAAUAUCGCUGUAAACAAAUUGUAAAUCUACCUAUUGACUAUCUUCAAUAUAACAAAUAUACAUCCCAAUACUUUCUUCUCGCACAAUGA